AUGGCAGCUCAAAGAAAUGAAGCGUUAAAUACUUUGAAGGGAAUGUUCCCUUCCGUAGAUCCCGAAGUAUGCGAGGCUGUAUUAGAAGCUAAUCAAGGAAGCUUAGAACAAAGCUUAAAUAUUCUUUUGGGUAUUUCUGACCCAAAUUAUGAAAGUGAAGAAAUGAUUCCAGUUCAAACUGAAUCUGGGCUAUUAACUUCAAGUUCCAAAGAACAGAUUGCGCGUGACGAAGAAUUAGCUAGAAGUUUAGCGGCUGAAGCAGAUAAAGAAUUACCUGUGAUCAAAGAAAAAAUUGUGCAAGCUGCUGAUACAACGAAAAAGAAAGUUAAAGAGUGGUACGAUAAAUUUAAACAACAAUCAGUAGCAAGGAGUGAAUCAACUCAACAAUCGACUCCUCAAUAUACAAAUUUACCUGGUUAUGAAGCUGAUAAUCCCUUAAUUGGUGAAGAUUUUUCUCCUAUACAACAACCAACACGACAAAGUAAUGUUAGUCGGCAAUACACGAACUCUCGUAUUUCUUCUAAUACGUCUAAUACUCGAAUGUCACCUUUGACAUCUCAACCAGUCUAUGGAUCAUAUGGUAUUGAUGUUAACAAAGAUACUGAUGAUGUAUUCAGUUCUUCGACCAAUAAUAAUCAAAUCAAAAUUAUAAGAGAAUAUGAUUCUGCUUCUCCGGUAAGACCUGGCAGAUACGAUGUUCACAGAGCUUCUAGUGAAGAUGCUGAAGAACUUAAAAAAGAUUUGAAUUUAUAA